GGGGAUAACUUCUUGGUGUGUUGAUUUCCAGACUGAGUUAUCUUAUCGUGGAUUUGACAAGGUAAGCUGGUCAAGUGGCUAGUGGUAGAUAUUAAGUGAGAUGGUCAAGUGGCUAGUGGUAGAUAUUGAUUAAGAUGGUCUAGUGACCAGAGAUAUAUGUUAAGUAAGGUCGUCAAGCGGCUUGUUGUAGAUAUUUAUUAAACUGGUCAAGCGGCUAGAUGUAGAUAUUUAUUAAACUGGUCAAGCGGCUAGAUGUAGAUAUUUAUUAAACUGGUCAAGCGGCUAGAUGUAAAUAUUUAUUAAACUGGUCAAGCGGCUAGAUGUAGAUAUUUAUUAAACUGGUCAAGCGGCUAGAUGUAGAUAUUAAGUAAGGUCGUCAAAUGGCUAGAUGUAGAUUUUAAGUAAGAUGGUCAAGGGGCUAGACGUAGAUAUUAUGUAAACUGGUCAAGCGGCUAGAUGUAGAUAUUUAUUAAACUGGUCAAGCGGCUAGAUGUAGAUAUUAAGUAAGGUCGUUAAAUGGCUAGAUGUAGAUUUUAAGUAAGAUUGUCAAGGGGGUAGACGUAGAUAUUAUGUAAACUGGCCAAGCGCCUAAACGUAGACAUUAAGUAAAGUGGUCAAGUGGCCAGUUGUAGAUAUUGUUAGGUGGACAUUCGUAAUCUAGGUGCGCCCAUCCAUAGUGCAGUUUGGUAACAUUUUUUUUUAAAGUUAAAGGAAUAGUCUCUAAAGUAUUUGAACAGAUGUGGUGAUAUAGAACUGUAAAGGAAAAUAACGAUGUUUUAAUGAAUGAGAUUAGAGAGUAAAGGGACAGUCUUGAACGUCACUGUCUUAUGUACAUAACCAUCAAGUUAGGAAGUCUUUGGCGUGAUCAGAUAAAAAAAAGUUGUUGCAUUGUUAAAUUCUCUUCUGUUUUGCUUGGAGUUAGUACCACAAUUGAAAGAAUUUUCACAAUGGAGGAUCUCUUUUUAACCAUGAUAAUCGUUCAUUGUUCAUGUGGAUUCGACACAUUUUCUUACAGUCUGCAUUGACCAAAGUGGCUGGACCAACAAUCGUCUGGGACUCGACAAACAAGCAACCGCUGGUCUUUAAGUGACCAGCAGACAGUCUACAUUGACUAAAUUGGUAAGGACAUCUAUCAGGGACAUUACCAACAACGCUGGUCUCUAACUGACCAACUCACAUACCUUUUCCGGGACUUCGAGGGUCAGUGGCCUGACAGGUCACGGACGGUUGAUCCAAAUUUAGAUUUUAAUUUGAUUGGUUAGAAUUUCAUGGAUGAAUCGGGUGGUGGAAUGUAACCAAACGUGCUGCCCUCAAAUGUAAACAUGAUGUUAACAGAAAUAAGCUGAGGCAGUUAUAUUGUUGUAGCUAGAACACAUAGACCAAAAGUGACAAUUUCCAUUAUUGGCUAUCCCUGUUCACAAGACCAAGAUGGAAGCCUUGCUACAGAAUCCAGUGUUUAGAAUGAAGAUGAAAUCUCUAAGCCCAUCGACUCGUGUGAGUAUUUGAUAUAUUUCAUUCUAAAUUGUAUUUCACUGCAUAGCGACAUGUCUAAUAAUUUAUUUCGCAUUUUAAACAAAUACAGUAAUUAAAAGUACUAAUAUAAACGACUUUCAAACAACUGCUUUGCUGUUUAUUGUAAAAUAAAAAGAUUUGAAGUGAUGCGAUGUUAAUUUUAAAAAUACACGAGAAUAGUCAUUGACGUACACAUCAAACAUUGAUGACGUCAGAAAAAACCCCAUAAAGGUCUGUGAACAAAACUUUUUUCUACUCUCAAAGAACCAUUUUUUAGGGGGGGGGGUAUUUCUUUAUUUGAUACUCUCAGCCCCAAACAAACUCUGACACUCACACAUACACAUACACCAACUCGCAAGUCAGCAGAAACGUGCACAGCUAACCUCUAUCAGUCUGGCAGACUUGAUUAAACAUUCCCCUUCCAACAAACAUCUCAGCUGGGUUUCUUCAAUUAUCUUCAUUUAACAGGAAGUGAUGCUUCAUUGGAAAUUCUCUCUUGAUAAAAAUGAAUUCAACGUGCUCAGUGGGGGCGGGGGGGGGGGCGCGGGUGGGGGGGUGUGGAAGCAACUGGCGAUGGCAACAUGGUUGACAUCUUGGUUAAACAUUGUGUGUUGCCGGUUGGCUGGUUUGUCACUUCUGUAUUUGUCACGGUUACGGGUUCUCCACAUAACGCAGGGAGUUUGACGACAUAAUACACAGAGUUUGAUGACAUAAUACAUGAAGUUUGACGACAUAAUACACAGAGUUUGAUGACAAAGUACAUGAAGUUUGACGAAAUAAUACACAGAGUUUGAUCACAUAAUACACGGAGUUUGAUGACAUAAUGAACGGAGUUUGGUGAAUUGAUGCACAGAGUUUGAUGAAAUGAAACACAGAGUUUGAUUACAUGAUAAACUGAGUUUGAUGACAUAAUAGACAGAGUUUGAUGAAAUAAUACACAGAGUACUGUUGGAAAUAGUAUGAUUUAUUACCGCACUGUUGGCAAUAGUAUGACUUAUUGCCGAGCUGUUGGCAAUAGUAUGACUUAUUCCCGAGCUGUUGGCAAUAGUAUGAUUUAUUCCCGAACUGUUGGCAAUAGUAUGAUUUAUUGCCGAAAUUUUGGACAUAACAUGAUUAAUUGCCGAAAUGUUGGAAAUAGUAUGAUUUAUUUCUGCACUGUUGGCAAUAGUAUGAUAUAUUGUCUGACAGCGAAGCGUUAUCUCACUCAUUUAUUCAACAUAUUUUUGGCCGCAAGGAGUUACUGCAGUAAUUACUCAAGAGUUGAUAACAGUGACCGCUACCGUGUGUAGUGUACAGGUCAAUCACACUUCCCUAUGUGUAGUGUACAGGUCAAUCAGACUGCCAUGUGUGUAGUGUACAGGUCAAUCACACUGCCGUGUGUGUAGUGUACUGGUCUGCUGGCCUUUCACCAAGGUACGCUCUUGGCCUUUCAUCAAAGGUACGCUGCUGGCCUUUCAUCAAAGUACUCUGCUGGCCUUUCAUUAAGGUACUCUGCUGGCCUUUCAUCAAGGUACGCUCUUGGCCUUUCAUCAGGGUACGCUGCUGGCCUUUCAUCAAGGUACGCUCUUGGCCUUUGAUCAAGGUACUCUGCUGGCCUUUCAUCAAGGUACGCUCUUGGCCUUUCAUAUAAGGUACGCUGCUGGCCUUUCAUCAAGGUACGCUCUUGGCCUUUCAUCAAGGUACUCUGCUGGCCUUUCAUCAAAGCACUCUGCUGGCCUUUCACCAAGGUCCUCUGCUGGCCUUUCAUCAAGGUACGCUCUUGGCCUUUCAUCAAGGUUCGCUCUUGGCCUUUCAUCAAGGUACGCUACUGCACCCCGCCCCCCCCCCCUUACAAAUCUCUUAUCUUCAACAUUGAGUUUAAGAAUCACGAUUAUAAAGUUCAUUUGUUUGGAAUGUGUGCUUUGAUAUUCACUGACCUAAUAAGCUUACAAUUUCAUUGUCUCGACAGUAUCUUUUAAUUCCAACCCAUCAUUUAAAAAAUUCAGUUGUAGGACAAUUUUACGACCCGGGUUGUUUCCCUUGCUGAUUUAUUAAAAAUUUGUCUCCCUUUAAUUCUAUGACUUUUUAUUUUUGGAGAAGACCAUCAGAACUCUUUAUUACGACAAGAUCAAAUGAGACGCUGAACUAAGAUUUUAUGAAGCGAAAUAAAACGGGAGAUGUCCAAGUUUUUGUGUGAUGACGUCAUGCUUGCUUUAAAUUACUCGUAAUGGAAAGAAAAACUGAUGAAAGUCCAAGAUAAAAGUUAAAAAAUAGAUUACUAUCCUAUGCUCAUACGUCAUAGAAACAUAGUCAUAUUUUAUUUUUAUAUUUGUCAUAGUAAGUAGAGUCAUCUAGAUAUAAGCAUAAUAAUAAUAAAUUUGGAUUUUUUAAAGCUGACAACUUAAAGCUUUGAACAAAUUAAUUUUUAAAAUAUUUCCAUCAAUCCAAAAUCGUUUUGGAGGUUAAGAAAAGUUGUCAGAAUUUUUUAUUUUAUUGCGCUGGUAACACCGCUGGACUCUAAAAGGUUUGGAGCCCCUAUGCACGUGCCUCAUUUGCCUUUAGGUUAAUCCGGCACCCGAUUUUCUGGCCCAUCGACCCCCCCCCCCAAUAAAAAAUAAAAAAAUCCUACCGGGGCCUUGUGUGUAGUGUACUGGUUAAUAAUCUGGGUCUUAAAUCAGGACUCUAAAAGGUUUGGAGCCCCUAUGCACGUGCCUCAUUUGCCUUUAGGUUAAUCCGGCCCCCGAUUUUCUGGCCCCUCGACCCCCCCCCCCCCAAUAAAAAAUAAAAAAAUCCUACCGGGGCCUUGUGUGUAGUGUACUGGUUAAUAAUCUGGGUCUUAAAUCUAACUUGGAGCACAUUACCAGGUGAAGUGUUCAAGUUUAGUUAGUGGCCGUACUGUCACAAUUAAAACUCUAAAAUGUGUGGCUUCUAUUGACAGGACUUUCCUGUCAUGGUUGGGGGGGGGGGAUAAAUCGCACUUGCCUACGUCACCGACAACAACAACAGCCGCAUCAGCAUAGACAGUAUUGUCCACGUUGAUUAAGUGUAAACGUCAUCAGCUACACACAGCGUUUCAAUUCCAUUUGGUGACGUAACAUCUAACAUUAAAGAGUUCACUCGUUUUUUUUUUUUCAAGAUUGAAAUUGUCAGGGUCUAUUCGAAUUAUCCCUAGAGAUAUCUGCCUUUUGAUCAACUUCCUUUUGAUCAACUUCCUUUUGAUCAACUUUCUUUGGAUCAGCUUCCUUUUGAUCAGCUUCCUUUUGAUCAACUUCCUUUUGAUCAAUUUCCUUUUGAUCAACCUCCUUUUGAUCAAUUUCCUUUUGAUCAACUUCCUUUUGAUCAAUUUCCUUUUGAUCAGCUUCCUUUUGAUCAACUUCCUUUUGAUCAAUUUCCUUUUGAUCAACUUCCUUUUGAUCAAUUUCCUUUUGAUCAAUUUCCUUUUGAUCAACUUCCUUUUGAUCAACUUCCUUUGGAUCAACUUCCUUUUGAUCAAUUUCCUUUUGAUCAACUUCCUUUUGAUCAAUUUCCUUUUGAUCAACUUCCUUUUGAUCAAUUUCCUUUUGAUCAGCUUCCUUUUGAUCAACUUCCUUUUGAUCAAUUUCCUUUUGAUCAACUUCCUUUUGAUCAAUUUCCUUUUGAUCAAUUUCCCUUUGAUCAACUUCCUUUUGAUCAACUUCCUUUGGAUCAACUUCCUUUUGAUCAACUUCCUUUUGAUCAGCUUCCUUUUGAUCAACUUCUAAUUGGAUCAACUUCCUUUUGAUCAACUUCCUUUUGAUCAACUUCCUUUUCAUCAACUUCCUUUUGAUCAACUUCCUUUUGAUCAACUUUCUUUGGAUCGACUUCCUUUUGAUCAGCUUCCUUUUGAUCAACUUCCUUUUGAUCAAUUUCUUUUUGAUCAACCUCCUUUUGAUCAAUUUCCUUUUGAUCAACUUCCUUUUGAUCAAUUUCCUUUUGAUCAGCUUCCUUUUGAUCAACUUCCUUUUGAUCAAUUUCCUUUUGAUCAACUUCCUUUUGAUCAACUUCCUUUGGAUCAACUUCCUUUUGAUCAAUUUACUUUUGAUCAACUUCCUUUUGAUCAAUUUCCUUUUGAUCAACUUCCUUUUGAUCAACUUCCUUUUGAUCAACUUCCUUUUGAUCAACUUCCUUUGAAUCAACUUCCUUUUGAUCAACUUCCUUUUGAUCAGCUUCCUUUUGAUCAAAUUCCAUUUGAUCAACUUCCGUUGGAUCAACUUCCUUUUGAUCAACUUCCUUUUGAUCAAUUUCCUUUUGAUCAAAUUCCAUUGGAUCAACUUUUUUUUGAUCAACUUCCUUUUGAUCAACUUCAUUUGAAUCAACUUCCUUUUGAUCAACUUCCUUUUGAUCAGCUUUCUUUUGAUCAACUUCCUUUUGAUCAACUUCCUUUUGAUCAACAUCUUUUGGAUCAACUUCCUUUUGAUCAGCUUCCUUUUGAUCAACUUCCUUUUGAUCAACUUCCUUUUGAUCAAUUUCCUUUUGAUCAGCUUCCUUUUGAUCAAUUUCCUUUUGAUCAACUUACUUUUGAUCAAUUUCCUUUUGAUCAACUUCCUUUUGAUCAACUUCCUUUUAAUCAGCUUCCUUUUGAUCAACUUCCUUUUGAUCAACUUCCUUUUGAUCAAUUUCCUUUUGAUCAACUUCCAUUGGAUCAACUUCCUUUUGAUCAACUUCCUUUUGAUCAACUUCCUUUUGAUCAACUUCCUUUUGAUCAACUUCCUUUUGAUCAACUUCCUUUUGAUCAAUUUCCUUUUGAUCAACUUCCAUUGGAUCAACUUCCUUUUGAUCAACUUCCUUUUGAUCAGCUUCCUUUGGAUCAACUUCCUUUUGAUCAACUUCCUUUUGAUCAGCUUCCUUUUAAGCAACUUCCUUUUGAUCAACUUACUUUUGAUCAGCUUCCUUUGGAUCAACUUCCUUUUGAUCAACUUACUUUUGAUCAACUUCCCUUUGAUCAAUUUACUUUUGAUCAACUUCUUUUUGAUCAACUUCCCUUUGAUCAACGUCCUUUUAAAACCUGCACUUGUGAUCAAUUUAUGUAUUGUUCGAUCAUAAUUUAUAUCCCAAUUUACUCAUGAUGUGACAGUCAGCACUUGAUGUGAUAGUCAGCACUAUGAUACACACAUAUUCUCUACCAUCCAGUCUACUCAUGAUGUGAUAGUCAGCACUAUGAUACACACAUAUUCUCUACCAUCCAGUCUACUCAUGAUGUGAUAGUCAGCACUAUGAUACACACAUAUUCUCAACCAUCCAAUUUACUCAUGAUGUGAUAGUCAGCACUAUGAUACACACAUAUUCUCUACCAUCCAGUCUACUCAUGAUGUGAUAGUCAGCACUAUGAUACACACAUAUUCUCAACCAUCCAGUUUACUCAUGAUGUGAUAGUCAGCACUAUGAUACACACAUAUUCUCUACCAUCCAGUCUACUCAUGAUGUGAUAGUCAGCACUAUGAUACACACAUAUUCUCAAACAUCCAAUUUACUCAUGAUGUGAUAGUCAGCACUAUGAUACACACAUAUUCUCAACCAUCCAGUUUACUCAUGAUGUGAUAGUCAGCACUAUGAUACACACAUAUUCUCUACAAUCCAGUCUACUCAUGAUGUGAUAGUCAGCACUAUGAUACACACAUAUUCUCAACCAUCCAGUUUACUCAUGAUGUGAUAGUCAGCACUAUGAUACACACAUAUUCUCAACCAUCCAGUUUACUCAUGAUGUGAUAGUCAGCACUAUGAUACACACAUAUUCUCUACCAUCCAGUUUACUCAUGAUGUGAUAGUCAGCACUAUGAUACACACAUAUUCUCUACCAUCCAGUCUACUCAUGAUGUGAUAGUCAGCACUAUGAUACACACAUAUUCUCUACCAUCCAGUCUACUCAUGAUGUGAUAGUCAGCACUAUGAUACACACAUAUUCUCAACCAUCCAGUCUACGCAUGAUGUGAUAGUCAGCACUAUGAUACACACAUAUUCUCUACCAUCCAGUUUACUCAUGAUGUGAUAGUCAGCACUAUGAUACACACAUAUUCUCUACCAUCCAGUCUAUUCACCCCCUAACAAUCAAUCUCACUACCUAACAAUCUAUCUACCUACUUAACAUCUACCCACCUAAAAUCCACAUACACAUCUAAACAUUCAUCUACCUAACAAAUCCAUGUAUUCACCUAACAAACCUUGCUUCCUUCUUACAUGCCAUCUACCCAACAAACAAUCCAUCUACCAACAAAACAGUCCAUCACCCACCAAACAAUCGAUCGAUCCGGCUAACAAUUUAUCUACUCACAAAACAAACCCAAUAAGCAAUCCAUCUACCCACCAAAAAUCCAUCUAUCCCUUUAACUAUGCAUCUAUCAAUCAAACCAUCCAUCUACCCAGCUAACCAUCCAUCUAUCCACCUGAUUAAUCCACCCACCCACCUAACAAUCAACCUACCCCCCCCCAAAAAAAAAAAAAAAAAAAAAAAAAAAAAAAACACAAUAAAUAUACCCACCUAACUAUUCACCUACCCAACUAACAAUCCAUCUGCCUACCUAACCAGCCAUGUGCCCACCUAAUGAUCUAUCUACCCGCAUUACAUCUCCCACCCUAGCCUCCAAGUAUAAACAUUCUCACCUAACAAACCAAUCAAUAAUAGACCGUCCAUUUAAAAAGCAAACUUGGGCCUGUCCACAAACACAGCCCAACAAAGCCUAUUGGAAUACGCUCAAUAUCAUAGUAGAGCCCCACCAUGGAUCAAUAACUGAUGUUCUAAACUGCAGUUUUAUAGUUUUAAUACUAGUCCCAAGGAAAGGCUGAGAACAGGGAUAGAGGGAUGAGUUGAAAAGUGGGGCAUAUUCCAAACAUUAAAGUUGUCAAGAUCCAGCAAGAUCCAGUCAAGGUGGACGUUUUUCAGGCAUGUCAGCGCUCUAAGUAGUCAGAACUGUCAGUAUCCAGAGCUGUCAGUAGCCAGAGCUGUCAGUAAUAAGAGAUGACAGCAGUCAGAGCUUUUAUUAGUCAGAGCUGUCAGUAGUCAGAGCUGACAGUAACUAGAGCUGUCAGUAUCAGGAGCUGACAGUAACCAGAGCUGUCAGCAUCCAGAGCUGCCAGUAAUAAGUGCUGUCAGUAUCCAGAGCUGACAGUAACCAGAGCUGUCAGAGCCAGAGCUGUCAGUAAUCAGAGCUGACGGUAGUCAGAGCUGUAACUAAAGUCUUGGCGAAAUUGUGUUCACAUAAGAAAGAAAAGAGAAAUACUUCAUUUUUAGUCCCAUCUCGUGCCACGAAUCCAUACAAGAGGCGUUGAGUCGACAUGAUACUGGAAAGAGCUGCGUGUAGGAAUGUACAUUUUGGGAAGAGCUGCUUGUAGGAGAUAACAUAAUUCUGGCGAGAGUUGAUUAUAGAAGCCGAAAUACUACCGGGAACUGAAAAAGAGUUCAUUUUAGGGCUGAUGACACCGGUUGAGAGUUUGAAAAAUCAAAAAUAGUGUAAAGUUACAUUUUCAUUACGUUUUAGUUUCUCAGACCAACUCCCCAUACUAAUUCAAACAUAUUUCGUGCAAGACUCUUUUGAAGCUAUAUUUAAGCAGCUGUCAAUGAAGUGAACAAAUAAACGGUUGCGUGUCACGUGAAUUGAAUGAUAGCCGACAUUUUUGUGAACUUGAGCCACAUAUCACAUCAGAAUGGCGCUCAUUCUUGCAUGUUGUCAACAUCCGGUUUCUUUGUAAGCCAGAAAAGGCAACAAGUUGAAACAACCUCAUUACUCACACUGUCGCGCAUCGAUUCUUUAUAUCUCAACUGUUUGCAGAUCGAUUAAUUUUUGAAGAUAUUGAUUUCAAGUCACCGUCUUUACUUGAAUUUCGAAUUCCGCGUGCGAAUUUCUAUAGUUUCUUCAUUCAUUCUGAUAUUUGGUUAGUAUCUUCUCUCAUUCUGAUUUUUUGGGGUAGUUUCUUCUCUCAUUCUGAUAUUGGGUAGUUUCUUCUCUCAUUCUGAUAUUUGGUAGUUUCUUCUCUCAUUCUGAUAUUUGGUAGUUUCUUCUCUCAUUCUGAUAUUUGGUAGUUUCUUCUCUCAUUCUGAUAUUUGGUAGUUUCUUCUCUCAUUCUGAUAUUUGGUAGUUUAUUCUCUCACUCUGAUAUUUAGUACUUUCUUUUCUCACUGUGAUAUUUAAUAGUCUCUUCUCUCACUCCCAUAUUUGCCAUAUUUGAUUGGUUGACUGGAUUUCAUUCACAACUGCCAAUCGAGUCAACUUCUCUUGCCUGAUCCAUAGUCAAGAAAUGAUUGGACGCUAUUUAUAGGACCAAACUCCAAAAUAUCGAUCUGUAGAAGACUGUGAAUUGGUUUUCGAUGGAGACCAGGAGAUGGCAUAACUCAGGGAAGCCUUCCACACGUCGUUCAAUAGUUAUUAGGAGGACUUACAUGAUAGGACCCUGUAGGCCAGUUGAUAGGACUUUCAUGACAGGACCCUAUUGGCCAGUUGAUAGAAGGACUUACAUGAUAGGACAAUGGUGGCCAGUUGAUAGAAUGACUUACAUGAUAGGAGAACUUACAUGCUAGGAAUGUUGACCAGUUGAUAGGAGGACUUACAUGAUAGGACGAUGUUGGCCAGUUGAUAGAAGGACUUACAUGAUAGGAGAACUUACAUACAAGGAAUUUUGACCAGUUGAUAGGAGGACUUACAUGAUAUAACCCUGGGGAUGGGAGGACUUACAUGAUAGGACCCUGUUGAUAUGAGGUCUAACAUAAUAGGCCCUUGUUGAAGGGAGGACUUACAUGAUAGAACCCAGUUGGCCAGUUGAUAGGAGGACGUACAUGCCACGAACCUGUUGGCCAGUAACCUUAAAGUCGCCAGAAGUAGCCCGGCGGCUGAGAUAGCGAUGCCACACUAUACUCUUGUUUACAUCGCUGUAUAGAUCAGGUUCCUGUGUCAAUUAAUAAAAUAUCAUGAUAAUGAAGACACAUAAAUAACAUCAUGCUAAUGAAGAUACAAUAACAACAUCAUGAUAAUGAAGAUACAAUAACAACAUCAUGAUGAUGAGGAUACAAUAACAACAUCAUGAUAAUGAGGAUACAUCAACAUUAUGAUAAUGAAGAUACAUCAACAACAUCCUGAUAAUAAUGAAGAUACAUCAACAACAUCCUGAUAAUAAUGAAGAUACAUCAACAACAUCCUGAUAAUAAUGAAGAUACAUAAACAACAUCAUGAUAAUGAAGAUACAUCGACAACAUCAUGACAAUUAAGAUACAAUAACAACAUCAUGAUAAUGAAGAUACUAUUAAGAAUGUAAUAAUAUGAUCACUUUCUUCUUUGCCUGGUGGAUGAAACUAUCUCUUGCAGCGGCUGAGAGAAACAGACAAAAUAAUCUAAUGUAAAGCAAUAUGUGUCAAACAAGGCAGACAUUCACUCAACUUCCCUAAUGCUGAUCUAUAUUCCACUCAUUUAAGUUUUACCCGCAAAUAAAGCUGUUAUUGUUGAAUGAUGAGUGACAGAUGAGUGACAGAUGUGUUGCGCUCGACGUAGUCAUCGUUUGCUUGUACACGAUUUAAGUGGUUGUCGUCUGCUAGUACACCAGUGGUUCUCAGACUUUUUUUACAAUCGUGGGCCCUUCCUAACAUUUGCCAAGAUGUGGGGACUCACUACCAUGAUUAUUACUAGAAGUUGAGAAGUUAAAGAAGAGGGGAAGGAAGGGAGCAGUGAUUUAAAUGUAAUUGACGUAUCAAUAUUGUGUAUCACUUAAUACGUUUUAUGUAUACAGUAUUUAUAACGCAUUUUGUUCAUAAUAGGGUUUGUCAAUUAAUGGCGGACAUCUAUUAAUAGAACAUCCGGGCAUUUAGUCUGGCCAAUCUCAUUAAAUGGUAGAAAGAUAUUAAUAAAACAUCCUGGUAUUCCAUUUUCCCAAUCUCUCAACUGUCCGGUACGUCUAAGUUAAUGUGAGCCAGCACAGUGGGUCUUAGCCUGGACGAAAACGUGUUUACAACUUUAUUUUACGAAAGAUUUUACAAGUAAACUGUUACUGCUAUAUAUUUAUAUAUAUAUUAUAAUGAAAUACAUUCUUAUAAGCCAUGCUUUGCGAAUAAAAAAGUACAAAAAUAAUAAUAUUGCGUUACCCGGUCUUAGAAAUGACAAACCCUAUUAAAGAAUCAUUUUCACCGCAAAUCACUUAAGUCUUUUUCAUUUUUGGUCAUCUUUUUUAUUAUUUAAAAAAAUGGAAUGUUUAUUUUUAAAUAUGUAUAGAAGAACUACAAAUAAACAAUCAAACGUUACAAAAUACUCGUGCAAGCUACCUUGAAAAGUUUAAGCUUUAAAGAAAACAUACCCAAAUAAUGCAAACAAAGUUGUUCAUCAAGUACCAACAUCUAAGUGCACAAUCUAAACUAUAUCCUGUUGCCUAAUCUAAAACAAAUCGUAGUGCCCAACCAAAAAAAAAUCUCACUGUGCAACCUUAAGACGUCAGAGAAAGAUAUAAUUUCUUCUUUCUCGCUCGAUCCGAAAUUCUAGAGGCUGUCCGUGAACUUCACAACGCAAACCUUCGUCUUCUUUAACGGCGGUUUUUGAGGAACCUUUUGACAAUAUGUUUAAAAAAAAAAACCCUUAAAACUAUUCCAUUAGACCGGAGGUAAAUGAUUGGAGUAAAGACUUUAGUAGGGAUACUAGCACUUCAAUGAGAUGUUACAACUCCAACUUUAUGUUUCAACUCCUAAUUACAACUUAAACUCAAAGUCACAGCUCCUCCAACUCCAAGUCACAUUUCCAACUCCAAGUCACAACUCUUCCAACUCCAAGUCACAACUGCAACUCCAAGUCACAACUGCAACUCCAAGUCACAACUUCAACUCCAAGUCACAACUCCUCCAAGUCCAAGUCACAUCUCCUCCAACUCCAAGUCACAACACCUCCAACUCCAAGUCACAACUUCUCCAACUCCAAGUCACAACUCCUCCAACUCCAAGUCACAACUCCUCGAACUCCAAGUCACACCUCCAACUCCAAGUCACAACUCCAACUCCAACUCACAACUUCUCCAACUCCACGUCACUACUCCUCCAACGCCAAGUCACAACUCCUCCAACUCCAAGUCACAACUUCUCCAACUCCAAGUCACAACUUCUCCAACUCCAAGUCACAACUCCUCCAAUUCCAAGUCACAACUCCUCCAACUCCAAGUCACAACUUCUCCAACUCCAAGUCAAAACUCCUCCAAUUCCAAGUCAAAACUCCUCCAACUCAAAGUCACAACUCCUCCAACUCCAAGUCACAACUCCUCCAACUCCAAGUCACAAUUCCUCUAACUCAAAGUUAGAGCACCAAGUUACAACUCCAACUUUAAUUUACAACUCAAACUCCAAGUUGUUACAAAUUCCCCUCCAAGCUACAGAUCCACCUCCAAGUUACAACUCUAACUUACAACUCCACCUCCAAGCUACAACUCCAACUUACAACUCCACCUCCAAGUUACAACUCCAACUUACAACCCAAACUACAAGUUACGCCACCAAGUUACCACUCAACUCCAAGUUACAACUCAAACUAUGUUUCAACUUUAUACUACCAAAUAUCAAUGUAAAUAUUCCGUAUAUCUUACACAGCGGUGGUUCAUCGACUCCUUGAUAGAUCUGUUUGAUCAAGAAUCCGAGUAUGUCAUAGAUGUCAUCGAGGACUGCCGGGAAGAAAUGAGGGAGACAGCGGACCGGUACCGGGACGAAGCAGAACAGCUCCGGGCUGCCUCACGUUUGUUACGUAAGUUAUUUUAGACAUACGUGCUGACAUAUCAGGGAUUGUGGACUUUUUUUUUUUUUACAUUAGGUCCUAGAUUUACAUAGGUUUUUACAUUAGGUCCUAGAUUUACAUAGGUUUUUACAUUAGGUCCUAGAUUUACAUAGGUUUUUACAUUAGGUCCUAGAUUUAAAUAGGUUUUUACAUUAGGUCCUAGAUUUACAUACGUUUUUACAUUAGGUCCUAGAUUUACAUACGUUUUUACAUUAGGUCCUAGAUUUACAAACGGGUUUUAAAAAUCAGAUUAAAGAAUACGUUUUUUGUUUUCGGAGAGUAUUGCUGAGGUGGUUGGAGAGUAUUGUUGAGGUGUUUGGAGAGUAUUUGUUGGGGUAGUUGGAGAGUAUUAUUGAGGUGGUUGGGGAGUAUUUUUUGUGGUAGUUGGAGAGUAUUUGUUGUGGUGGUUGGAGAGUAUUUGUUGAGGUGGUUAGAGAGCAUUUGUUGUGGUAGUUGGCGAGUAUUGAUGAGGUGGUUGGAGAGUACUUGUUGUGGUGGUUGGAGAGUAUUUGUUGUGGUAGUUGGAGAGUAUUGUUGAAGUGGUUGGAGAGUAUUUGUUGUGGUGGUUGAAGAGUAUUUGUUGUUGUGGUUGGAGGGUAUUUGUUGUGGUGGUUGGAGAGUAUUUGUUGUGGUGGUUGGAGAGUAUUUGCUGUGGUGGUUGGAGAGUAUUGUCGUGGUGGUUGGAGAGUAUUUGUUGUGGUGGUUGGAGAGUAUUUGUUGUGGUGGUUGGAGAGUAUUGUUUAGGUAGUUGGAGAAUAUUUGUUGUGGUAGUUGGAGAGUAUUGUUGAGGUGGUUGGGGAGUAUUUAUUGUGGUAGUUGGGGAGUAUUGUUGAAGUGGUUGGAGAGUAUUUGUUGUGGUGGUUGGAGAGUAUUUGUUGUGGUGGUUGGAGAGUAUUUGUUGUGGUGGUUGGAGAGUAUUUGUUGUGGUGGUUGGAGAGUAUUUGUUGUGGUGGUUGGAGAGUAUUUGUUGUGGUGGUUGGAGAGUAUUUGUUGUGGUGGUUGGAGAGUAUUUGUUGUGGUGGUUGGAGAGUAUUUGUUGUGGUGGUUGGAGAGUAUUUGUUGUGGUGGUUGGAGAGUAUUUGUUGUGGUGGUUGGAGAGUAUUUGUUGUGGUGGUUGGAGAGUAUUUGUUGUGGUGGUUGGAGAGUAUUUGUUGUGGUGGUUGGAGAGUAUUUGUUGUGGUGGUUGGAGAGUAUUUGUUGUGGUGGUUGGAGAGUAUUUGUUGUGGUGGUUGGAGAGUAUUUGUUGUGGUGGUUGGAGAGUAUUUGUUGUGGUGGUUGGAGAGUAUUUGUUGUGGUGGUUGGAGAGUAUUUGUUGUGGUGGUUGGAGAGUAUUUGUUGUGGUGGUUGGAGAGUAUUUGUUGUGGUGGUUGGAGAGUAUUUGUUGUGGUGGUUGGAGAGUAUUUGUUGUGGUGGUUGGAGAGUAUUUGUUGUGGUGGUUGGAGAGUAUUUGUUGUGGUGGUUGGAGAGUAUUUGUUGUGGUGGUUGGAGAGUAUUUGUUGUGGUGGUUGGAGAGUAUUUGUUGUGGUGGUUGGAGAGUAUUUUUUGUGGUGGUUGGAGAGUAUUGUUUAGGUAGUUGGAGAAUAUUUGUUGUGGUGGUUGGAGAGUAUUGUUGAGGUAGUUGGAGAGUAUUUGUUGUGGUAGUUGGCGAGUAUUUGUUGUGGUGGUUGGAGAGUAUUUGUUGUGGUGGUUGGAGAGUAUUUGUUGUGGUGGUUGGAGAGUAUUGUUGAGGUGGUUGGAGAGUAUUUUUUGUGGUAGUUGGAGAGUAUUUGUUGUGGUGGUUGGAGAGUAUUUGUUGUGGUGGUUGGAGAGUAUUGGUUGUUGUUGUGGUGGUUGGAGAGUAUUGUUGAGGUGGUUGGAGAGUAUUUGUUGUGGUAGUUGGAGAGUAUUUGUUGUGGUGGUUGGAGGGUAUGUUUUGUGGAAGUUGGAGAGUUUAUAGUGUUGGUUUAUUUUUAUUAGGUGUGCUAGUUUAAGAGUGGUCACGUGGGCCCUGCAGCCCCUAAGGCUCAAGGCGAACCUCUAAUCUUUAAGUUGCCUAAAGCUGUGAUGUGGAUAAAAUUUAAAGUAAAAAAAUGUGAAUGCAGGAGGGCACACAUGGGGUGUGUAGGGGUAUCUGUUGUGGUGGUUAGAGAGUAUCUAUUUUGGUGGUUAGAGGGAAUCUUUUGUGGUGUUUGAGGGUAUCUGUUGUGGUGGUUAGAAAGUAUUGUUGUGGUGGUUACAAAAUAUUUGUUGUGUUUUCCGAGGGUAUUUGUUGUGGUGGUUAGAGGGUAUUUGUUGUUGUGGCUAGAAAGUACUUGUUGUGGUGGUUAGAGAGUAUUUUUUAUUUUGGUUAUAGGGGAUGAGUUUAAUGUGCUACUUAGAAAGUAUUUGUUUUUUGUGUGAAGUCGUAGAUUAUUUGUUGCUCGGAUUGUGCAGUAGUUGUUUUCAAAUGUACAGCUGUUAUGGCACAGUUGAUACGUUUCAUAGAUACGGAUAUUGUGGUAGUACUGUCACAAACAAAACGUUUUAGGAAUAUAAAGAGGUAAGUCCCAAAAUACACUGAGUAGUAAGCUAGCAUACGCUGAGUAGUAUAUCAACAUACACUGAUUAGUAUAUCAACAUACGCUGAGAAGAAUAUCAACAUACAGUGAGUAGUAUGCCAACAUACACUGAGUAGUAAGCCAACAUACACCGAGUAGAAUGCUAACAUACACAUAUGAGUAUGCCAACAUAAACAGUAUAGUUCCAGCAAACACUGAGUAGUAUGCCAACAUACACUUAGUAGUAUGCCAACAUGCACUGAGUGUUAUGGGGUUCUGUACCAAAUUGGCAUUUGAUUUAUAAAUUGUACAUUAAGAAAGUGAACUGACACCUUUCACACAUCCUUGUGCAUAUUAAAUAUACAAUUAACGUUUACAUUUACUUAAUGUUAAAAACCACACGACCUUUGUUCAUUCUUGUUCUACUACCAGAACAUGAGCAAUGUUUGGAAGAAAAUCUUACUGUAUCAUCAAAACAUGAGCAAUUUUGGAAGAAAAUCUUACUGCACCAUCAGAACAUGAGCAUGUUUGAAAGAAAAUCUUACUGCAUCAUCAGAACAUGAGCAUGUUUGAAAGAAAAUCUUACUGCAUCAUUAGAACAUGAGCAAUAUUUGGAAGACAAUCUUACUGCAUCAUCAGAACAUGAGCAUGUUUGAAAGAAAAUCUUACUGCAUAAUCAGAACAUGAGCAAUAUUUGGAAGACAAUCUUACUGCAUCAUCAGAACAUGAGCAUGUUUGAAAGAAAAUCUUAGUGCAUCAUCAGAACAUGAGCAUGUUUGAAAGAAAAUCUUACUGCACCAUCAGAACAUGAGCAUAUUUGAAAGAAAAUCUUACUGCAUCAUCAGAGCAUGAGCAUGUUUGAAAGAAAAUCUUACUGCAUCAUCAGAACAUGAGCAUGUUUGAAAGAAAAUCUUACUGCACCAUCAGAACAUGAGCAUAUUUGAAAGAAAAUCUUACUGCAUCAUCAGAACAUGAGCAUGUUUGAAAGAAAAUCUUACUGCACCAUCAGAACAUGAGCAUAUUUGAAAGAAAAUCUUACUGCAUCAUCAGAACAUAAGCAUGUUUGAAAGAAAAUCUUACAGCAUCAUCAGAACAUGAGCAUGUUUGAAAGAAAAUCUUACUGCACAAUCAGAACAUGAGCAUGUUUGGAAGAAAAUCUUACUGCAUCAUCAGAACAUGAGCAUGUUUGAAAGAAAAUCUUACUGCACAAUCAGAACAUGAGCAUGUUUGAAAGAAAAUCUUACUGCACAAUCAGAACAUGAGCAUGUUUGGAAGAAAAUCUUACUGCAUCAUCAGAACAUGAGCAUGUUUGAAAGAAAAUCUUACUGCAUCAUCAGAACAUGAGCAUGUUUGAAAGAAAAUCUUACUGCAUCAUCAGAACAUGAGCAUGUUUGAAAGAAAAUCUUACUGCAUCAUAAAAACAUGAGCAUAUUUGAAAGAAAAUCUUACUGCAUCAUCAAAACAUGAGCAUAUUUGAAAGAAAAUCUUACUGCAUCAUCAGAGCAUGAGCAUGUUUGAAAGAAAAUCUUACUGCAUCAUCAGAACAUGAGCAUGUUUGAAAGAAAAUCUUACUGCGCCAUCAGAACAUGAGCAUGUUUGGAAGAAAAUCUUACUGCAUCAUCAGAACAUGAGCAUGUUUGAAAGAAAAUCUUACUGCACCAUCAGAACAUGAGCAUGUUUGGAAGAAAAUCUUACUGCAUCAUCAGAACAUGAGCAUGUUUGAAAGAAAAUCUUACUGCAUCAUCAAAACAUGAGCAUGUUUGAAAGAAAAUCUUACUGCAUCAUCAAAACAUGAGCAUGUUUGAAAGAAAAUCUUACUGCAUCAUCAGAACAUGAGCAUGUUUGAAAGAAAAUCUUACAGCAUCAUCAGAACAUGAGCAUGUUUGAAAGAAAAUCUUACUGCAUCAUCAAAACAUGAGCAUAUUUGAAAGAAAAUCUUACUGCAUCAUCAGAACAUGAGCAUAUUUGAAAGAAAAUCUUACUGCGCCAUCAGAACAUGAGCAUGUUUGAAAGAAAAUCUUACUGCACCAUCAGAACAUGAGCAUGUUUGAAAGAAAAUCUUACAGCAUCAUCAGAACAUGAGCAUGUUUGAAAGAAAAUCUUACUGCAUCAUCAAAACAUGAGCAUGUUUGAAAGAAAAUCUUACUGCAUCAUCAGAACAUGAGCAUGUUUGAAAGAAAAUCUUACUGCAUCAUCAGAACAUGAGCAUGUUUGAAAGAAAAUCUUACUGCAUCAUCAAAACAUGAGCAUAUUUGAAAGAAAAUCUUACUGCAUCAUCAGAACAUGAGCAUGUUUGAAAGAAAAUCUUACUGCGCCAUCAGAACAUGAGCAUGUUUGGAAGAAAAUCUUACUGCAUCAUCAGAACAUGAGCAUGUUUGAAAGAAAAUCUUACUGCACCAUCAGAACAUGAGCAUGUUUGGAAGAAAAUCUUACUGCAUCAUCAGAACAUGAGCAUAUUUGAAAGAAAAUCUUACUGCAUCAUCAGAACAUGAGCAUGUUUGAAAGAAAAUCUUACUGCACCAUCAGAACAUGAGCAUGUUUGGAAGAAAAUCUUACUGCAUCAUCAGAAAAUGAGCAUGUUUGAAAGAAAAUCUUACUGCACCAUCAGAAUAUGAGCAUGUUUGGAAGAAAAUCUUACUGCAUCAUCAGAACAUGAGCCUGUUUGAAAGAAAAUCUUACAGCAUCAUCAGAACAUGAGCAUAUUUGAAAGAAAAUCUUACAGCAUCAUCAGAGCAUGAGCAUGUUUGAAAGAAAAUCUUACUGCAUCAUCAAAAGAUGAGCAUAUUUGAAAGAAAAUCUUACUGCAUCAUCAGAACAUGAGCAUGUUUGAAAGAAAAUCUUACUGCAUCAUCAAAACAUGAGCAUAUUUGAAAGAAAAUCUUACUGCACCAUCAAAACAUGAGCAUGUUUGAAAGAAAAUCAUACUGCAUCAUCAGAACAUGAGCAUGUUUGAAAGAAAAUCUUACUGCAUCAUCAAAACAUGAGCAUAUUUGAAAGAAAAUCUUACUGCAUCAUCAGAGCAUGAGCAUGUUUGAAAGAAAAUCUUACUGCAUCAUCAAAACAUGAGCAUGUUUGAAAGAAAAUCUUACUGCAUCAUCAAAACAUGAGCAUGUUUGAAAGAAAAUCUUACUGCAUCAUCAGAACAUGAGCAUGUUUGAAAGAAAAUCUUACUGCAUCAUCAAAACAUGAGCAUGUUUGAAAGAAAAUCUUACUGCAUCAUCAAAACAUGAGCAUAUUUGAAAGAAAAUCUUACUGCAUCAUCAAAACAUGAGCAUAUUUGAAAGAAAAUCUUACUGCAUCAUAUCAUCAAAACAUGAGCAUGUUUGAAAGAAAAUCUUACUGCAUCAUCAAAACAUGAGCAUAUUUGAAAGAAAAUCUUACUGCAUCAUCAAAACAUGAGCAUAUUUGAAAGAAAAUCUUACUGCAUCAUAAGAGCAUGAGCAUAUUUGAAAGAAAAUCUUACUGUAUCAUCAGAGCAUGAGCAUAUUUGAAAGAAAAUCUUACUGCAUCAUCAGAACAUGAGCAUGUUUGAAAGAAAAUCUUACUGCACCAUCAGAACAUGAGCAUGUUUGGAAGAAAAUCUUACUGCAUCAUCAGAACAUGAGCAUGUUUGAAAGAAAAUCUUACUGCACCAUCAGAAUAUGAGCAUGUUUGGAAGAAAAUCUUACUGCAUCAUCAGAACAUGAGCGUGUUUGAAAGAAAAUCUUACAGCAUCAUCAGAACAUGAGCAUAUUUGAAAGAAAAUCUUACAGCAUCAUCAGAGCAUGAGCAUGUUUGAAAGAAAAUCUUACUGCAUCAUCAAAAGAUGAGCAUAUUUGAAAGAAAAUCUUACUGCAUCAUCAGAACAUGAGCAUGUUUGAAAGAAAAUCUUACUGCAUCAUCAAAACAUGAGCAUAUUUGAAAGAAAAUCUUACUGCACCAUCAAAACAUGAGCAUGUUUGAAAGAAAAUCAUACUGCAUCAUCAGAACAUGAGCAUGUUUGAAAGAAAAUCUUACUGCAUCAUCAAAACAUGAGCAUAUUUGAAAGAAAAUCUUACUGCAUCAUCAGAGCAUGAGCAUGUUUGAAAGAAAAUCUUACUGCAUCAUCAAAACAUGAGCAUGUUUGAAAGAAAAUCUUACUGCAUCAUCAAAACAUGAGCAUGUUUGAAAGAAAAUCUUACUGCAUCAUCAGAACAUGAGCAUGUUUGAAAGAAAAUCUUACUGCAUCAUCAAAACAUGAGCAUGUUUGAAAGAAAAUCUUACUGCAUCAUCAAAACAUGAGCAUAUUUGAAAGAAAAUCUUACUGCAUCAUCAAAACAUGAGCAUAAAACUUUCUUUUAGAAUGAGCAUCAUCAGAACAUGAGCAUAUUUGAAAGAAAAUCUUACAGCAUCAUCAGAGCAUGAGCAUGUUUGAAAGAAAAUCUUACUGCAUCAUCAAAAGAUGAGCAUAUUUGAAAGAAAAUCUUACUGCAUCAUCAGAACAUGAGCAUGUUUGAAAGAAAAUCUUACUGCAUCAUCAAAACAUGAGCAUAUUUGAAAGAAAAUCUUACUGCACCAUCAAAACAUGAGCAUGUUUGAAAGAAAAUCAUACUGCAUCAUCAGAACAUGAGCAUGUUUGAAAGAAAAUCUUACUGCAUCAUCAAAACAUGAGCAUAUUUGAAAGAAAAUCUUACUGCAUCAUCAGAGCAUGAGCAUGUUUGAAAGAAAAUCUUACUGCAUCAUCAAAACAUGAGCAUGUUUGAAAGAAAAUCUUACUGCAUCAUCAAAACAUGAGCAUGUUUGAAAGAAAAUCUUACUGCAUCAUCAGAACAUGAGCAUGUUUGAAAGAAAAUCUUACUGCAUCAUCAAAACAUGAGCAUGUUUGAAAGAAAAUCUUACUGCAUCAUCAAAACAUGAGCAUAUUUGAAAGAAAAUCUUACUGCAUCAUCAAAACAUGAGCAUAUUUGAAAGAAAAUCUUACUGCAUCAUCAAAACAUGAGCAUAUUUGAAAGAAAAUCUUACUGUAUCAUCAGAGCAUGAGCAUAUUUGAAAGAAAAUCUUACUGCAUCAUCAAAACAUGAGCAUAUUUGAAAGAAAAUCUUACUGCAUCAUCAGAGCAUGAGCAUAUUUGAAAGAAAAUCUUACUGCAUCAUCAAAACAUGAGCAUGUUUGAAAGAAAAUCUUACUGCAUCAUCAGAACAUGAGCAUGUUUGAAAGAAAAUCUUACUGCACCAUCAAAACAUGAGCAUGUUUGAAAGAAAAUCUUACUGCAUCAUCAGAACAUGAGCAUGUUUGAAAGAAAAUCUUACUGCACCAUCAAAACAUGAGCAUGUUUGAAAGAAAAUCUUACUGCAUCAUCAAAACAUGAGCAUGUUUGAAAGAAAAUCUUACUGCACUUUCAGAACAUGAGCAUGUUUGAAAGAAAAUCUUACUGCACCAUCAAAACAUGAGCAUGUUUGAAAGAAAAUCUUACUGCAUCAUCAAAACAUGAGCAUAUUUGAAAGAAAAUCUUACUGCAUCAUCAGAACAUGAGCAUGUUUGAAAGAAAAUCUUACUGCAUCAUCAGAACAUGAGCAUGUUUGAAAGAAAAUCUUACUGCAUCAUCAGAACAUGAGCAUGAAACUUUCUUUUAGAAUGACGUAGUAGUCUUGUACUCGUACAAACAAAGAAAAUCUUACUGCAUCAUCAGAACAUGAGCAUGUUUGAAAGAAAAUCUUACUGCAUCAUCAGAACAUGAGCAUGUUUGAAAGAAAAUCUUACUGCACCAUCAGAACAUGAGCAAUAUUUGGAAGACAAUCUUACUGCAUCAUCAGAACAUGAGCAUGUUUGAAAAAAAAUCUUACUGCAUCAUCAGAACAUGAGCAUGUUUGAAAGAAAAUCUUACUGCAUCAUCAGAACAUGAGCAUGUUUGAAAUAAAAUCUUACUGCACCAUCAGAACAUGAGCAUAUUUGAAAGAAAAUCUUACUGCAUCAUCAAAACAUGAGCAUAUUUGAAAGAAAAUCUUACUGCAUCAUCAAAACAUGAGCAUAUUUGAAAGAAAAUCUUACUGCAUCAUCAAAACAUGAGCAUAUUUGAAAGAAAAUCUUACUGCACCAUCAGAACAUGAGCAUAUUUGAAAGAAAAUCUUACUGCACCAUCAGAACAUAAGCAUGUUUGAAAGAAAAUCUUACAGCAUCAUCAGAACAUGAUCAAUAUUUGGGUAGAAAUUCUUACGACACUAUCAGAAUCGGUCCCACGCUUUGUUUAUUCAUAGAGAAUGUACGAAUGUGUUACUCGUGCAUAUAAAUAGCGAAAUCGUCAGCUAGAUCUUCUGUGACUCGCGUAUAGAAAUGAAGAAAUCGGCUGGCAGAUCUUCUGUCACAUGAACAAAUAUCAAUAGACCUGGCUCCCAUAUCGAUCAAUGGUCGAUAGCAAUCAAACCGAAGAUCAAUACUAAUCAAGGAUGUUCGAAUAUUUCAACAAUAACACGUAUUGAUUUUCUCAGCAUUAUGAUUCAGUGUCAUGCGUACAAGGGUGACAACACAAGCAGAUAUUAAGAUCGAUAUGGAAUCGAAUGCGAUCGUAAAAUAAAUUCGAUCCACCGCCUGUGACGGUUGAACCCUGGCAACAAUGGGAAAUAAAUAUUGAUUGGAUUUUAUGAUAAGGGACAUCACCAAUAAAUCGGGUGGCAUUAUGUGGAGAAGUAUUCUGCCACUGUUCUCCAGGGGAAACAGAACAUAUUUAAUUAAGAAAAUAAUGCAUCACUCUCCAACACAACCCCCCCUCCCCAAAAAAAAAAAAAAAAAAAAAAAAAAAAAAAAAAAAACCUUUUUAUUUAUAAAAAAAAAAAAAANUAUCAUCGGUAGAUGUUAGCAAGGUAUCAUCGGUAGAUGUUAGCAAGGUAUCAUCGGUAGAUGUUAGCAAGGUAUCAUCGGUAGAUGUUAGCAAGGUAUCAUCGGUAGAUGUUAGCAAGGUAUCAUCGGUAGAUGUUAGCAAGGUAUCAUCGGUAGAUGUUAGCAAGGUAUCAUCGGUAGAUGUUAGCAAGGUAUCAUCGGUAGAUGUUAGCAAGGUAUCAUCGGUAGAUGUUAGCAAGGUAUCAUCGGUAGAUGUUAGCAAGGUAUCAUCGGUAGAUGUUAGCAAGGUAUCAUCGGUAGAUGUUAGCAAGGUAUCAUCGGUAGAUGUUAGCAAGGUAUCAUCGGUAGAUGUUAGCAAGGUAUCAUCGGUAGAUGUUAGCAAGGUAUCAUCGGUAGAUGUUAGCAAGGUAUCAUCGGUAGAUGUUAGCAAGGUAUCAUCGGUAGAUGUUAGCAAGGUAUCAUCGGUAGAUGUUAGCAAGGUAUCAUCGGUAGAUGUUAGCAAGGUAUCAUCGGUAGAUGUUAGCAAGGUAUCAUCGGUAGAUGUUAGCAAGGUAUCAUCGGUAGAUGUUAGCAAGGUAUCAUCGGUAGCUUAACUCACAACAGAACACGGAGCACCGGGUACAAUAAAUUGAGGGCUUGGGUUCAAACUUCAGGAACCUAGGACUUUGGCUCAACUAAAAGAAGGAAGACUGUUUGCAAACAGCCCCCCCCCCCCAACCAGCACACACACACACCCUUUCCGGAAGUGGAUAUCCCCUGCACGUGGAACAUAAAUCUAUGGGUGAACCGGGUUAGAGGCUAGCGUGAUAACGAUGAAGUCUGGCACCUCAACCUGACUCCUCAUUUAUUGUGUUGGCGCCUCAGCUUCACUCAUUUAUUGUUUUGGCGCCUCAGUCUGAAUCCUUUAUAGUGUUUAUACCUCACACUGACUCCUCAUUUAUUGUAUUGGUGCCUCAGAGGUGUUGGCACCUCAGCUUUAACUCAUUUAUUGUGUUGGCACCUCAUUCUGCCUCCGUCUAUCUUGUGUUCAUUUAGUUGGGUGAAAUGUGGCAAGGGGUGGGGGUAUGACACUACAGGUCGCCUGGAGCCCAUAUGACAUAAUUAGUACAAUACAGUUAAGUGGUUUCAAAGGGAAAAUCUGGAUUCUUGGAAACUGUAACGUGAACAAGCGCCAACCUUUGACCCCGAAAAUUACCGUGGCCAACCGAUCGAACUGGUCUGCUUUAAUCCAAGCCUAUGACGCACAAAGUCACAUGUCAGCCGGAGACUUAUUUUCCACUUUGGAAUUGUCUGCCCCUUGAUGGGAUACUAACUAAACAAGACGGCGGCAAAUGUUGAUAAGAUACAGACACAGUAGCGGCAGUAUUACCAUUUACUCAUUGGGGCGAACGGUAAUAUAUGAGUAAUAGUUGAUGCUCCAAUAUCUAUGAGUCAACUGUUUAUAGCUGGCAAUAUUUGAGUAAUAGUUGAUGCUCCAAUAUAUAUAAGCCAACUGUUUAUAGCUGGCACUAUUUGAGUAAUAGUUGAUGCUCCAAUAUCUAUGAGUCAACUGUUUAUAGCUGGCAACAUUUGAGUAAUGGUUGAUGCUCCAAUAUAUAUAAGUCAACUUUUUAUAGCUGGCAAUAUUUGAGUAAUAGUUGAUGCUCCAAUAUAUAUGAGUCAACUGUUUAUAGCUGGCAAUAAAUGAGUAAUAGUUGAUGUCCCAUCAUUAAGUCAAACAUUGGUAGCUGGCAAUAUUUCAGUAAUAGUUGAUGUCACAAACCUCCAAGCCAAAUAUAUGUUGUUGAAAAUGUUUGAGUAUUACAAGAAGUUCUCAACAUCUCCAAGCCAGAAUUUAUUUAGAUUCCGGUCACACCAGAGAGAUGAUAUGGUUUCACACGGCUUAGUUUCUCGGAAUAUUAUAAUCGGUUCAAAUUUGUUAUUCCGAAUGUGUAACAAUUCAAGAUUAUUCUGUAUCAGGACUUGACGGCGUGGGCUAUAAAGGAGGGGGGUUGCAAGGAUGAGGCCUCCGCCCUCCGGCCAAUGUGCGAAAAGGCUUGUGAAUACCAAUGACAGCGUCAUCUGGUUUUUGUCGAUCAAGGAAAAAGCUUUCGACAAGGUGAACAGGAAUGUGCUCUGGAAGGUAGUGGACGCAUGCAAAGUCGAAGGACAGCGCCUCGAAGAUAUUACCAGGACGUUCUUUGCAAGCCGUUGGAGUGCUGUGGUCAGAUGUUCGAUGUCAAAUCGGGGGUCACACAGAUUUUCGUUCUAUCGCCGUUGCUGUUCGUCGGUGACAUCGACAAAUUUACAAAGGAUGUCAAUCUGUUGUUGUUGUUCGUCCAUCGAAGUCGACUAGGACCAUCGAGUUAUCCGGUUAGGGGGAGGGUGGGUUACGGUGAGCUCGUAGGUGGCUUGCUAGACCGAUCCUUGCUCGGAAUUAUCUCUGGCACCAUGGGCAGGGGAUAGUUGCUGCAGUCGGUGACCUAAUGUUGCUCUUUCGGGCAAGCCUGCGUGUCUCAGCUGUAGUUAUCCUAUUAGCUUCAUGGGAUUUAGCCCUCUUCUUGACAGCUGCUCUCCACCUGGCUCUGUCCUGGGCUGUCUGCACCCAUUGAGUAGGGUUUAUGCUGAAGGCCUUUAGUGCCACUUUCAGUGAGUCUCUUUGUAACGCUUUUUUUGACCGCCUUGUGAGCGCUUGCCUGUCGUGAGUUCUCCGAAGAAUAUCUGUUUCUGGAGCCGGUGGUCUUCCAUAUGGGCUACGUGUCCCAUCCAACGGAGUUGAGACUGCAUCAGGGUGUUGAAGAUACUACGUUCGCUCUAGCGAUGACUUCUGUGUCAGGGUGUUUGUCUUGCAACCUGAUGCCGAGGAGUACCUGAGGCAGGUUGUGUGAAAAUGAUUCAGUUUCUUGGCGUGACGCUGGUAGACUGUCCACGUUUCACAUCCAUAGAGCAAUGUCGGGAGGACUGCUGCGCUAUAGACCUUGAUCUUCGUUUCUCGUCUGAUACCUCUCCUGUCCCAAACAGUGCUGCGGAGCCUGCCAAAUAGGGCACUAGCUUUUGCGAGUCUGUCAUUCAUUUCAUCAUCCAUGACGACAGAUCUGAAGAGGAUGAUUCCCAAGUGAGUAAAUUUAUCCACCGGGUUGAGACACUGUCCGCGGAUGAUGAUGUUGGGUUCAUCGUAGGGCUUACUGGGAGCUGGCUGAUACAUCACCUCAGUCUUCUUUGUGUUGAUUGUGAGGCCAAAGUCAAUUUACAUCCUUAGGCACUGCUAUGUACUGCGUUAUACACAAUCUGCCAUCUUAAAUUACACUGCUAUGUACUGCCAUCUUAACUUAUGCUACUUUGUACUGCCUUAUACACAAUCUGCCAAUCUUAACUUAUACUGCUAUAUGUUGCCUUAAACACAAUCUUCCAUCGUUUUCCUUUUUAAAUUCAGUUGAUCCUUCAAGCUAGAAAACUCGGUAAUUGAUAGCCUAUAUAUUUUUUUCUUUCCUUGUUAUAGAAGAAAAACGUGAAUCUCCGGACCAGUCCCCCAAACGAUCCGUGUCCCGAGUGUCAGCACCUGGUCGGCUGCUCUACGUCAAAGAACGGCAGGGCACGCCGGAAUCAGUCCUUGCGACAAGGUUACGCUCUCGGCGGAGACGCAUCAUAAGUUCCGACGAGGAUGGCUGCAGGUCACCGACAGAGACAAAUCUCAGCAGCAGGUACGGCCCCUCAGUCCGCACACGACAUGUGUGCAAGUGACAUCCUGAGACAGUAAAACUGUAGGCCUACAUUUCAUCACCGAUUUAAAAAUGUUAAGCCAUAUAAGUUAUAAACCUUAUAAAAAAAUUUGGCUAAAGAAUGACUCUUAAUGGGACUUAUUUUUAUUCAAUUAAUACCUCUGAAAAUGUUAUCCCGCCCAUUUUUUUUACACAAUACAUCUAGUAUUUUAUAAGUGUUGUAAGACUCAGAGUUGCUUGUGCAUGUGUUAAAAUUGACAGAUGUUGUUGAAUCAUUCUAUCCAUGACAUUCUAUGCAGUUAAACAAAUCUAUUUUUUUCAAUGUAGGUGUGCCUCAUCCUUGAGUGUACCCUCCCUUCCCUUAUUAGGCAAUGGGCGUGUCAUCCCCCCAAGUGCAAGAACAACUCGCAGCUUGCCUGUCACGCCCACCAUCCCCAAGUUAGAGUUGGAUGAAG